UCCAUCAUGAGCUCCAUCCUGCGUAUUUAAUGUGAUUAAAUAACUUUAGUGAGGAAUUAAUGAGCAAUUAACACCAGGUGAAAGUGAAGUACAGUGAGUCACGCGCAGCUCCACAGGUAGUGCUUCUGGAGUUAUUUGUUUGUUUGUUUGUUUGUUUGUUUGUUUUUAUUUGUUAAUUAAUGCGGUCUCCUUGAUGGAUCAUGGAUUACUCCAGUGCAGUGCUCGCGUCCAACUUGAGCCGGAGCUGCGCCUCGUGCGCCCACGCCAGCGGCGGUCACGCGCACUCGGAGCGCGAUCUGAGUCCCGCCGGUCACGUGGUGGUCGCCGUGUGUCUCGGCUUCAUCGGCACGUUCGGCUUCGUGAACAACGCGCUCGUGCUCCUGCUGUUCUGCCGUCACAAGCCGCUGCGCUCGCCGAUCAACUGCAUGCUCGUGAGCAUCUCGGUGAGCGACCUGCUCGUGUGCGUGCUCGGGACGCCGUUUAGCUUCGCCGCGAGCGCGCGCAGACGGUGGCUGAUCGGUGCGCACGGCUGCGUGUGGUACGGCUUCAUCAACUCCUUCCUCGGUAUCGUGUCUCUGAUCUCAUUGGCUGCUCUGUCAUAUGAACGUUACUGCACCAUGAUGGGGGCCACGCAGGCCGACGUCACCAGCUACAGGAAGGUCUUCAUGGGCAUCGCUUUCUCCUGGAUCUACUCGCUGGUGUGGACCGUGCCUCCGCUGUUCGGGUGGAGCCAGUACGGUCCCGAGGGUCCCGGUACUACCUGCAGUGUCAACUGGACCACCAAAACAGCAAACAACGUGUCCUACAUAGUCUGUCUCUUCUUUUUCUGUCUCAUCCUUCCGUUUGUAGUGAUUGUGUACAGCUACGGAAAACUGCUGCAGGCCAUCAAGCAGGUGAUUAGGAUCAACACGGCGCUGAGUCGUAAGCGUGAACAGCGGGUUCUCCUCCUGGUGGUCACCAUGGUGGCAUGUUAUCUGCUGUGCUGGCUGCCGUACGGUAUCAUGGCGCUCGUAGCGACGUUCGGAGAACCCGGACUGGUCACGCCCGAGGCCAGCAUCAUGCCGUCUCUGUUAGCCAAAACGAGCACCGUGAUCAACCCCAUCAUCUACAUCUUCAUGAACAAACAGUUCUACAGGUGCUUCAGAGAUCUGCUCACGUGCACGUCUCCAGAUCGAGGCUCACACUACGGAAACUCCUCCAAGGUCACAAAGUCUCUCAGGAUAUUUAGACGAGCCAACGGUCCCAACGCAGCUCCGUGCCAAGACGCCGCCUGCAAUCCAGACAGCGACAAGCCGAAGAGCGGCUCCGAGCCCGAGACCCGUUCUCCAGCAGCUCCUGGAACCGUGAAGCCCGCUGUCUCUCUGAUGGUCUACUACAACGGAUGAGCAGAUAGACAGAGACCUGGGUCACGACUUCACUCUUAAUUAUCCAAAGAACCCUUGAUUUUUCUCAGAGUACCAAAAGCUAAAGGUUAAACACACGGCAGGUACGAAGAAGGAAAUUUCAUAACCUUGAUUUCGUCUCUUUGUCACAUUACACAAAACUGCACACACAAAUAAAAUAAAUCAUUAUAGAACUCAUAGUGUUUAAUUCAAAUACAUUUAUGUGAUUGUAAACUAACAUGAUAAUCCCGACUAGUGCUUUUUUAUUACAAUAAUCCUCGUUAUGUUCAGGAUUAUUUAUGUUCAGAAAUUUAUCACGCUUUCUUUUGAUGAAGGAACGUUGACAAAAACAAAAUAACCCAUGAUGCAUUUUUCUUCUCUACUUAUCUUCAGAGAUGAAGGCUUUUAAACUUCAACAUAAACACUGAUUCCUGUUUCAGCCUGUCCAGGGAUAAGUUUUUUUUUUUUUUUUUGAAACAGAGAAAUCUGCAGGUCUGGGAUUUAACCGAUUUUCAUCAGAAUUCCAGAUUAAAUUUCAGAUUUUCUGGAUCAGACAACUGAUGUGGGGACCAGAAGGGUUUUAGAGUUGCACACUGAAGGAAUGAUUUAUUCAUGGAGGAAAAGAAGUGAUGAAGAAGAGGAGGAAAAGACGUGAUGAAGAAGAGGAGAAAAAGAAGUGAUGAAGAAGAGGAGAAAAAGAAGUGAUGAAGAAGAAGAGGAUUUUGAGCUGAAGGACGAAAUACAGGAGCAUAACUACACAUCUGUGUACACGACUCACAGGGACGCGUCUCUCACGUCUCAUCAUUUCUCUCAUUAAUUCACCUCACCUUCAGGAAGUCACACACACACACACACACACACACAUUUUGUCCUCGGAUGUCAGGAAAUUAAUGUAUAUUUAUCACAAUUCAGAAUUUCUCAACCCGGUUCUGCUUUAGUGAUCUGACACUGAUGUGCUUUGGAUUAUAAAUCAUAAUCGUAGGCUGCUAAGGUCAAUAACAUGCUUGCAUAAAACUCCAGAAAUAUUGGCACCCUUCAAGAGAAUGUGCAAAGUUUAUUCAAAUCUUACAACCAAGAAGUAGGAGAAACUGUAGAACUGUUCUCUAAAAAAAAAAAAUCUAUAUGAAAAUCUAUAAAAAAAAUCAUUCAAAACCUUUUUUAAAACCCUUUAUUUCAAGUCACAUUGUUAAUUGAAAUUUUAUGACAUCCCUGAAGAAUACUUAAAGUAAGUGCAAAUUUUCAUCCUUAAUUUCUUUUUAUUUUAAUUGAUCUCAGUCUCAAGAAGAUAGUACUUCACUAAAUAUUAAUUAUGGGGUGUCAAUACUUUUGAAUACAGUGUUUUGCAGGCAAAUAAUGCCCUAGAUUCUAAACUGUGUGUGUGUGUGAAAUGUGUGGUGAAAUAUUCUUUUAAAAAAAAAAAAAUUGUUGUUUACUAAAUUUCUCUCAGUAGAAACUCAGUUUGUCUCACCUUUGAGGUUUCGCCUAAUAUUUGUGGAGGUGCCAAUAAUUUUUAAACCAGUUUUUAAAGAAAAUAAUCACUACUUAUAUUUCAAAACUUACAAAACUUUUUAUUUUUGAAAAAUGUUUUAAAAUCCUUUAAAACAUUUUAAAUGAAUACAGUAUGUCUAACGUCAGUAUAUUUCGUUACAUGCAUUAUUUAAUUUACAUGGGUUUAUUUUUUUGCAUAUUUUCAUGAAGGGUGCCAAUACUUCAGGAGUUCAGGAGAGAUACAAGCUGGUGAGUUAUU